AUGGACCUCCUCACUGCUGCCUGUGACAACUUCGGCCAAGUUAUCAACACGGAGAAGACGGUGGCCACGCAUCAACCGCCACCUGACGCUGCCUACAUCCCACCCAAACUUAACGUGAACGGCGUCCGACUGCGAGUCGUGAACAACUUCGCCUAACUGGGCGACACCUUCCUCCCAAAAUCGACAACGAAGUUGCCUGCUGCAUUUUCAAAGCCAGCCAAGCCUUCGGCCGUCCGCAGAACACCGUCUGGAACCGUCAUUUUCUCCAUCUCAAUACGAAGCCGAAGAUGUACAUACCAGUCAUCCUGUCGACGCUGUUGUAUGGAGCGGAGACUCAGACGGUGUACAAGAGGCAGGCGCGGAGACUCAAUCACUUCCACCUCAACAGUCUUUGACGGAUACUGAAGCGGGGGUGGCAGGAGCGGAUCCUGAACACUCACCAACUAGAACGGACGGGAAUCCUCAGCAUCAACGUCAUACUGAGACAGCUGCAACUGCAUUGGAACGGCCACUUCGUGCGGAUGGAUGACGAGCGGCUACCCAAAUGACUCUUCCAUAAAGAUUUCGCCAAGGGUUCUUUUCGACAAGGAGAUCAAGCUCGGCGCUACUAGGACACUCUGAAGGCUUCCCGGAAGCGUCUGCAGAUCGACCUGGCCAACUGGGAAGACCGAUUCCGGCACCGACCGACCUGGAGAAGAACAUUGAAGACAGGCUCAGCGAUCUAUGAAUUCAACCGUAUCGCCACCGCUAAAGCCAAACGUGAAGCUCACAAACCUCAACUGCCCCUGGAUCACAACGCCGAUUCUCAGCGGUCCCAACCUGCCCACAAUGUCAUCGGACUUUCCAGAAACCAACUGGCCUUAUAGGCCAUCUUAAGACCAACUGCAGCACACGGACUACACCAGCCACUGUUUCCCCGUCCACCUCUGUCCUGCUUCCCACGUCGACAAUCAUCACUGAUCGCACUCCCGAACCCCCACUUCUAUCCUGCUCAUCCUCCUACUCCAUUGUGUCAGCAUCUGCUGCGGCGGUUCCUGUAUCCACCACCACUGCACACAAUUCUGGAAAACCAACAAUCAUUAACCUCCCGGCCGCCAACACCAACGAUGUGAACUCGAUCUAUGCAUGUCCUCAUUGCGACCUCACACAUCGGCCUGGUCGGUCACUUACGAAUUCACCGCACAGUGACUGGCGAACCAGUGCCUGGAGCCCCAACCUUCACUCGCCGCAUUCGCCUCCAUUAUCACAUUCUUCCCGCACAUCUACUCCCUUCACGGGACUAUUCUUUCACAUGCGUAUUCAUGAGGGCGGAAUUAGCCUCAGUCUCGACACACAUAGCACCUCCUGCACAUCCACCAUGCCGAGUUUAAUCCACACCCAGUCGCCUACCAAACCCACCACCAUCAGCUCCGUCACACUCAGCACAUCUGGCAAGUCCACCAUGUCUAAUCCAACGCGCACCCCGAUGCCCAGCGUGUCCAUCAUUAACAGCCCCACCACUGUCACCAUCCCCGAAACCGACACUGACACCGCCGACUUUUCCGGUCCAUACUGUCCCCGUAUAUUCACCUCACGCAUCGGCCUGGUCGGUCAUUUGCGAGUCCAUUGCACAGUGACUGACGAACCAGUGCCUGGAGCACCAACCUACACUUGCCACAUUCGUUAUUACUACUCCCACUGCACCUGCACAUUCAUUCAUCGCAUGGGCCUAUUAGGCCACAUGCGCGUCCAUGAAGACCUGCGGUAG